GUCCCAACCGUAGAAAAACAAAGACUCAGAUAGGGCUAAAACUCAAAUUUUACGUCCAACUUCACACGGAAAUACGGUUUAUUCUGUGUAAAACGACUCCGGUGAGUGAUUCUCGACGUUUUUCGUCGCUCUUUGAGGCCUUUUGGGCGAUGUUGUUUAUCUGUAGUAAAGGGGGGGCUUGAAACCGCCAUCCCUUGCCCCAUUUCCUCGGUUGUUUUCCUUCUCUCGCCUGGAUUCUCCAUGUUGUUGGUGCAAGAGUGAAGACUUCGCAGAGACGGGAGAGGGGGGCUGCUCGGCGAUAUUACCACUUAUAGUCAGCGGUAAACGCGAAACGACGGAGCGGAUAGACCCCCAAACAGCCUCCGAAAAACAUUUACAAGUGCCUUGCCCCCUCCCCGGGAGGACCAACCGAGUGAAGAGGGAGAAAAAGAAGAAGAAGAAGCGGGGGGAAUAAAGAAACCCAGGAACAAGAUAAAUCCCACUCAUCGAGGAUUGUUACUGAGGCGGAUGACAAGUUACCUCGGUGAAUAAUUGAGUCUACUUGUCAAUAGAAGCCAAUGAGGGAUGCCCAUCAGUGCUCGCGGACAGGAUUUGAGGAUUUUGAGGGCUCCGUGAUUGUCAGAUGGAAAGUUCUGUUAUCACCCAAGUGCAGAAAGAAGACGUCCAAGUGUCACCGAAAACAGGCCAGGUGAGCCGCUCUGCCCUGAAACAGCCUCGGAGUUGUAACAUCUUCAAAGCACUCUUCUGUUGCCUCCAAGCUCAGGAUGGCCCCAAACCACCGCCACCACUGCCGCCACCUUCUCAGCAGGCCUUGCUGGAGUCACAGGAAAAUGGGACGGUUGUCAAGCCACAAGAGCCCAGCCUCCUGCCUGAGGUGGAGGCCCAGGAUCAGGGGAAGAUCUGCGUGGUCAUAGACCUGGAUGAGACCCUGGUGCACAGCUCGUUCAAGCCUAUUAGUAAUGCAGACUUCAUCGUGCCCGUGGAGAUAGAGGGGACCACACACCAGGUGUAUGUCCUGAAGAGGCCGUACGUGGACGAGUUCCUGCAGAGGAUGGGGGAGUUGUUUGAAUGUGUGCUGUUUACGGCCAGUCUCGCAAAGUACGCAGACCCAGUGACGGACCUGCUGGAUCAGUGUGGAGUAUUCAGGACUCGGUUAUUCCGGGAAUCCUGCGUUUUCCACCAGGGCUGCUACGUCAAAGAUCUGAGCCGUCUGGGCCGGGACCUCCACAAAACCCUCAUCCUGGAUAACUCUCCUGCCUCCUACAUCUUCCACCCUAAUAAUGCUGUUCCUGUGGUGUCAUGGUUCGAUGACGUGGACGACGCUGAGCUGCUCAACCUUCUGCCUGUGUUUGAAGAACUAAGUCAAGCUGAUAAUGUUUACGAGCGGCUGGACCAGCUCCGUGGACAGUAGAGAAGUUCUCAGCUCCAGCUUGAACCUUCUUCAGCUACAACAGAAUCUUUUUUUAUAUCUAAAAUAGAUACUCAGAGUUUUCAUACUCUGUUUUCCCAGCCUCUGCACAAAUCCUCUGUUUAGAAAAGCGUAUUAUCUCGGGGUUAAGGAAAUUCCAAGGCUGUAAAAACACAAUGUGUUGGCUAAAAAGAAAGUAUAGAUUACAAUCUGAGGCCUCCUCUCUGAACCUCAGUGCUGACAUUAAUGACAACCACUAUCGAACAUUUCUCUAAUAAAGAGCGGAAAAUAACAACCAAAGCAGUCCCAUCACAAUCACUGCGCUCAAUACUAACAUGGUUCUUUUGCCAAAGCAGAAGCCUGCCUGCCCUGACUUGACUUUUGGACAUUGUUUUUUUUAUUAUUGUGCCUUUAAGGAACAACAAGAAAAAAACAUCAGCUCUUUUUUUAAAUUUUCACCAGAUUUUAUACAUCUAUUGAUUUCUUUUUAUAGGUUGUUUUUAUAAGGAAAUCUAUUUUUAAACCGUGAACAUGGUUCUUCUAUGCAACCCAUGGACAGUACCUCCUGAGUAGCCAGUCAAUAAUUGCAUUCAGCAGAUGUAAACAUUACUGUGUAGCCUUAUUUACCUGUAAAUGAGCAGAAAAACAAAGUGUAUUUUACUUAUUUGUACUAUAAACAUGAUUUCUAGAUUCAUCAUUCGUGGUCAGUUUUGAUAUGUUGUAAGUAAACAGGGUGAAAUCUUGUCUUUGAUGGUCCGUAGAAAGCAGACACACUGGAUUAUGUUGGCACAUAAGACGCCCAUAAACGCCACCGGUUUCAGUUUUAAUAAUAGCUCAUUUGUUAACCGUGUUUUUCUUGUAUUACUAUAUGACAAACAACUUGCACUUGUUUUUUAUUGACAGUGCUGAAAGUAAAAAAAAAAAAAGAAACUGUGCCUUUGAAAUUCGGACAGAGAAUGGUGUUCUGCCUGAAAAGAGAUUUGUAGGCCUACACAGUCUGAUGUGUCAUGCUGAGCGUGAGUAAACACUGUCAAGAGCAAGUGUAAUGCCAUGUGGCUGUGGUACUUGCAGUGCAACACUUGAAAAAUAUCAAAUUUGAUUUUUUUUAAGCAUGUGUGAGCGUUGUUUUCUGUAUUUAUUGGCCAAAAACAUGUACUGUCCAGUACUUCUUUUUGCUUAAAAUUUUGUAUUGUACUCCAUUUGCCUUCUUUUGAGGCUGGCCUUGUGUUAAACUGUUUUAUCUGUGCCUCAAUUUGCUGUCAGAAAAUAAGGAUAAUCCAAAAAACCGUCAGCAUUUAAAUCAAACACGUGUAAAUCAAAAACUCAAUCAAGCAAGUUUUUGUUUUUCGUUUCAAAUUCAGUAAUUUUUCAGUGCUUUUGUUGGGGUUUUUUUGUCUGGGUGAUAUGUUUUUUUUCUAUGAUGUUUAAUGUCUGAUGCAAUUAUUGCCUGCAUGUUCUAGUAAAAUAUGACAAUGAAAUUGUAACAGUUGUGAUGACCAAAAGUAUUUGUUGAGACUGUCACAAUUUGUCUGUGUCAAAAUAAAUCCAAAACUCA